AUGUCUUCCCGCUAUUCGGCUAAGUUUUUCCGACGACAAACUGAGGAUGGAGAGAUGAAAACAUAUUGGGGUAAAGCCGGAGCACCAAUCACCAUUCCUUGCUCUAUAAAUUUGUUUAACGAAGAAAACUUCUCAUUGGAUUGGAGAAAGGAUGGACAACUGAUUCUGAGUGCUUUUGGUCAAGAACAAGGUCAUGUGACACCAACGCUACAAGGAAGACUAGCUCGAGACGGGUUUCUUGGAAUAACAAUACAUUCUGUCACAAAUGCAGACGCGGGAAUAUAUCAAUGUAUUGUCACAAAAUUCUCAAAACAGCCAACUAAACCUGAGAAAGGGCUUUCCGCAAAGCUAGUGGUCAAUGUCCCACCCGUCAUAAACCUCCCCAUCAACAAUGAAGUUAUCCACAAAACAGUAGGAUCAGAUUUAGCCAUUGAGUGCAAAGCAGACGGUGCGCCUUCGCCAGAAAUAACAUGGUCCAGAAAUGAUCAGAUCAUCAGUACAUCUCCUGUUUUAACAUUGAGUAAUUUAUCUGAAAGUGAUGGAGGCUACUAUACUUGUCUUGCGGUGAACAUUGAAGGGAACAACACAUCUUCGAUAGAUCUCCGAUUCACCAAAGCCACAAGUCUAGACUUGGUUCCGCUGAACAAGACAGUCAUCGAAGGGUCUAAUGUAUUUUGGCAUUGUCAUGCCAAUUCUCAAUCAGCUUCCAUCUCAUAUUCCUGGUUUUUUGAGAAGAAACCCAUCAAAACUACUCCUCUUGGUCUACGAUCGAAUAUUCGGUCAGGCGAUCUAUCUCUCCAAGACGUUCGAAAAAGUGAUAGUGGUUGGUAUACCUGCGAAGCAAAGAAUACCGUAGGAGAAACGACAAGUUCAACUGCCUACCUACAAGUUUUUUUCGCUCCUGAACCAUCUGAAACACAUCAACCAGUAAAAACCGUUGCAUCCGGGAGAAAUACAACAGUGUCAUGUGAUAUUACUGCAAACCCGACACCAAGUAGCUAUACAUGGUCCAAAAAUGGGCAUUACCUUCCUACUCAGUCUCAGGAUCACAUCUCAAUAGUACAUGCGAAACCAGGUGACGGAGGAAUUUAUGGAUGUCAAGCGGAUAACAUUGCUGGAAAAGGGUCUAUUGUGGAAACUCACUUGAUUGUUGCCGAACCACCCGUGUUCACUGUCUUGCCACCAUCAGAAAUCAAAGUGAGACUUGGAGAUGAAGUGACAAUACCCUGUCAAGGAUUUGGAGACCCAAUGCCAAUUGUUUAUUGGAUCAGGGACAAGAGACGAAUCAACCAGUCGACAUUGAACUUUAAGAAAGUGGAACAUUUGGAUCAUGGAGUCUACGAAUGUAUCAUUGCAAAUUCUGUUGAAACAAUUUCAACAAGAGUAAUGUUACUUGUUGAGAUAUCGAAACCACAAAUGGCGAGCUCUAUAAAAUUCACUUGCAUCAAUAGUAGUUCGAUGAGAAUUACUUGGGCUCCAGGUUAUAAUGGAGGGUUCGAUCAAACUUUUGCUGUGCACGCCCAGAAUGAAAUAACUUCUCAGUGGACAUCAAUCAAGACUUCAAGGAAUGAAACCAUUCUAGACCAUUUAGAACCGUUUGUUUCUUACCGUGUCAGUAUUGAAAGUGUGAAUGCAAGAGGAUCCACAAACUCAACUACAUAUAAUAGAAGAAGUUGUACUAGUCUUCACGCUCCAGACAAACUAUACUUCUGUGGAUACAACGAACUUUGUUGGACAGCUGCAGAAGGUGCAUCUUCAUAUCGAAUCGAGAGUAGAACAGAACCAAGCAAAAACUUUCAGCCAUUGGCAGAGGUUAUUGAAACAUAUUACCGGCUUGGUAAGGACGUCGAUGAAACCAAACAAACUAUUUUCCGGGUGAGGAGUACGCGACCGGCGUAUCCUCCAAGUGAACCAAGCAACGCUUUGAAAUAUGGUUUGACAGAUAACGUGGACCUCCCCAUUUUCAUGUUAGCAGCAGUUUUCGGACUCAUUUUCUGUUUUGCUUGUGGAUUGUUUGCUUGGAGAUGUUUCAACAAAAAGAACAAGAAAGCGAAACGUCGGAAGAGCAGAAGCACGUCAACACCAUCAAAGACUUACCAAGAUUAUGGAAGGUUCACAUAUGGCGACGCCAGUAGCUCCAGUCAACCAGGCACGGAAACGUAUUAUGAACCUUCAUUGAGAUUAUUGGAUGAACAUGAAUGGAGAGGACCACGUGACUUGGAGCCGGUAGCAGUCAGAUACCCACCGUCUCUGGCAGAACUCGAUUAUGACAUUGGAGAAGAGAAUCCAAUUGAUGAUAUGUUCAGAGAUCGUUACAUUCUUGGAGUCCAGGAUCCGCCAGCUCAACUCUAUCAAGAUUUGAGAUUAGAAAGACUCCGUCGAGAGUACAAGCAGUCUCAAAUCUAA